GGCUAGAUCUAUCAUUAUACUCUACCCUACCUGUAUAACACACUAAAAACUAAUCAUUUAAGUCUAUAGAUCUCAGCAAUCACACAGCUAUGAUAAGAGGCGGAAAGUCGCUUCUGAGCAGCUACGCCUAUCUCUGUAAGUCUUGUUGGUGUCAUGAUCGGUUGCAUGUUUUUACACUAGCUUGACACCUGUGUUCACCGAAGCGUAUCGCCACGAUCAGGUAACUGGAGGGCUUUCCUAGAUCCUCUAAGUGGACUGUUAAGGCUCAAGUCUGGUAGAGUGAAACAAGUGAAAUACCGGAAUUCCAUUAAAUUCCUUUACUUUGGAUAUAUAUUUUCUAUAUGGAUGCUACAAACUUUCCUAGUUAUUGUCACCUAUAGUUAGCUGUGAAAUAGCGUGCCGGUAUCGCAGUGAGCGUGUGUCGUAUGGUCCUGUAUGUACACAACAGGCCACAUGGCACACUUUUACAGAACACUGUUUCUUCUGUGUGUUAGUAUCCUAUUCCUGGAGUUUGUCUGGUGCCAGACUGCCAAACCCCCAUCUCAAGUGCUAUAUAUAAGAUUACGAGAUGGGUCCGACCCAACCAAUGGUCGUGUGGAGAUUUCCAAAGACAACAUCACGUGGGGUACGGUGUGUGACGACUUUUGGGACGGCGCGGCGGCCGACGUGGUGUGUCGCCAGCUAGGCUUAGCAUGGGGCAUGGCUCACCCUCUGGCCUAUUUCGGCCCCGGACAACAUGAUCUACAGAUAGUAUUGGACGAGGUGAUAUGUAACGGGUCCGAGGAGUCCCUACUGGAGUGUCGGACCAACCCUUGGGGCCAAAACAACUGUAACCAUCAGGAGGACGCUGGGGUCUCGUGCUUCAAAGAUAAAGUUCGUCUGACCAAUGCCAAACUUCAGCCUAAUGUUGGGUCAGUGGAAAUAUUUUCGGACCACCGGUGGGCGGAGGUGUGUAGUGACCGAUCUUGGGACGAUACGGACGCAGGCGUUGUGUGUCGUCAACUCGGCUACACGUCGGGACGAGCUUUGUCCAACGUGUCAAAAGACUCGCCAGAAUACGAGAUUUGGAUACUGUAUAAGAAAGCCUAUUACAACUUCACUUGUCAGGGCAACGAAACGACAUUGUUAGAUUGUAAGAGAAAGAAGUUUACGUCGUCAACAUGUCAUCACAAUUUUAUGGCGGGAGUUAUUUGUUACGACACUACACUAGACAAGGUCAACAACUCAUUCGACAUGAGGAUAUCGAACGGCCAUUACGGUAGAGUAGAGGUGCGCCAUCUCGGGGAAUGGGGUCACGUGUGUCACCACGACUGGGGGCCGACAGAGGCUACACUUGCAUGUACCCAGCAAGGCUUUGCGGGCGGGGUGAUGUACGGGACCAACAUUACUCUAGACAAUAUUGGAUGGCUGUUACACCGCCAUUGCGACACAACCGAUAAGUCUCUGGAAGCCUGUCUCGAAGAUGACCAAGGCGUGUGGAGAGCUGUAUUCAACUGCAGAGCUGCUUCCGUCCUCUGUUACAGAACGUCAGCUCCCGAUAUCCGUAUCACGGACACACAUAUUGGACGUGUGGAAAUUACCUAUGACGGCCAGGUUGGAACUAUAUGUGGCACGGAUAGUUGGACAGACAAAGAAGCUGCUGUUUUGUGUCGCCAGAAAGGUUUCGCAGACGGACAUGCACUGGCCAGUGUCCCCAAAGGCCAAGGGAAUAUCUACAUGUCCUCGCUGACGUGUAAGGGUACGGAAAGCUCCAUAUUAUUGUGUAACAACACAGGAUGGGAGGAAACCCCGGACCCGGAAUGUCGGUCUCAUGUACUGGACGUUGGCGUGGAGUGUUAUAGGCACAUUCGGCUCGGUCGUCUGAUGUCCGAGUCUGUUGGAUUUAUAGAGGUUUACCAGAAUGGGUCCUGGUUUGGCCUCUGUGGAUCGGGCUUCACGGACGCCAGUGCCAGGGUUGCAUGCGGUCAACUAGGAUAUGAUAACGGAAAAGCCCUGCCACAGGGUGGUUACGGAAAGUUUUACUUCAAAAUUGUCAGAGCGGGCAUCAACUGUACUGGUGAGGAAAAAUCCAUCUUGGAUUGUCCGUACAACAAGGGUGUCGUUUGCGCGAACAGUUACCAUGGAUACGCCGUUGUUUCCUGUUUUAAUGGAUCAGCGUCACAAGAUGCCGUAAUCUCGCUCCAGUCGCGCGAGCCAGGAAGAGCCAGUUAUGGUCGAGUUUCUGUGUCACGAUACAAUGUUGCGGGUCAUGUUUGUUCCUCCUUCUGGUUGGACACAAAUGCUGAUGUAUUGUGUCGUAGUCUUGGUUACAAAGGCGGAAGAGCCACCAACUACCAGCGGGACCAACGUGCUCCUAUUGUUGUAACAGACUUCAUGUGUAAGGGCACGGAAUCGUCGCUGGCGGAAUGUAAGGAAGAAAUGGGUAUCUGCUACAGUAACACAGUGGCUGGGGCUGUCUGCUACAACCAAUAUGAUUUAAAAGUAAAACUGGUCGGAGGCGACCAUUACUUUGGGCGAGUAACUUUGACAAUAGAUGACGAGGAAGGCAUUGUGUGUGAUAGAAGCUGGGGUCAACAUGAAGCCGAGGUAGUCUGUAAGGAACUUGGCUUCGUCAGCGGGGAACCAUAUGAGGUGACCCCCGCCACAGGUGAAGUAUUCCUGUCAGACGUGUAUUGUACUGGUACAGAAGCCUCGCUGAUAGAGUGUUUAUCGAGCGGUUGGCGCUCUACAGACAGACAGUCUUGUGGAACCGGGUACAGCACCGUUGGAGUAUACUGCUUCGGUAACGUACGUAUUGUUGGCGGUAAAAACACACCGAGUUUCCUGGCAGGACGGGUGGAAAUGAUGUUGGCCAAUACGUCUACAUGGGUCAGCGUCUGCGCUGAUGGAUUCCACCAAGCAGAGGCGGACGUGGUUUGUCGAGAGAUCGGAUUUAGUUCCGCACAAGUCCUGUCUCCCGGCUCGUUUGGUUCAAUCAACUCUCUGACUUAUGUAUCGAACAUGAAGUGUAAUGGAACGGAAAGCUCUCUCCGAGACUGCUCUAGUGAUAGUCAAGGAAUAUGUGUUUCCCCUUCCUUCAACUAUGCAAGCGUUAUCUGUACCAAGGCAGAUGCAGAUCCAGGUACCAAGGUACACCUAACGGAAGGAUACCAUGGAAUGGUCUUGGUGGAGAGAUAUGGCAUCAAUGGCACAAUCUGUGUGGAUGGCUGGGACGAACGCGACGCCAAUGUUACGUGUCGCUCCUUUGGGUACGCAGGGGGCGUUGUGUUAGGACCUUCGGAUGUUUAUGCCUCCCGAGGAAUGCCUGUCUGGUUUACCGACUUCCAGUGUAGCGGUAAGGAGAAGGGCCUGACAGAUUGUGAUGUCAACACUUCCGUCCCUCUGAAAUGUAUCAAUUCCAUCAAAUACGCCGGCGUCCUCUGCUACAACGGAACAGGCGUACAGGUUCGUCUGGCGGGUGGCAAGAAACACUACGGGCGUGUUGAGGUGUCAUACGAUGGUACCUGGGGCACAAUAUGUGACUAUGACUGGACCAGGUACGAUGCAAGGGUUCUUUGUAAACAGCUGGGAUUUCCUGACGGCCGUUCAAUUAAGCAGUCACACUAUGGACCGGGUACAGGACCCGUGUACCUGUCUGGAAUGUUCUGCGACAGCUCUGAGCCGUCUUUACUGUCGUGUAUCAGCGAAGGUUGGAACAACGCCCAAUACUACUGUAAACAACACGGGCAUGACGCCAGUGCCUUCUGUUUCCGACCAGUGAGCAGUGUCCCUGGGGAAGACUAUGGCGGACUCCAGAUUAGGACAGAGAGUACCGACGGUAUGGUGUGCAGUGAUGGGUUUGACGACCUGGAUGCCACAGUAGCCUGUCGCGACAUGGGCUACAGUGUCGGGGUCAGUAUGUGCUGCUCGGCAUUCGGUGACGUGGAUUUCAUGCUGGCUAGAACUAAUAUCCAAUGUACUGGUCGUGAAGCAAGUCUGGCUGACUGUCCUUCUGAUAAGGGUAUCGGAUUUUGUGAGAGUGGUACCUAUGCCUCCGUCGUCUGUUCUGACAAGACGCCAUCACUAGGUUACGGGCUCUCGCUAGAAAACGGCCACUUCGGACGGGUGCAGGUCAAAUACUUUGGCCACGAUGGUUACAUCUGCGCUGAAGGCUUUGAUGACGAAGACGCCAACGUAAUUUGUAAACAGGCUGGAUUCUAUGGAGGUUUUAGUUACCUGGCGAAGAACAAAGAAAAGUGGGCUAUCUUCAGCUCAGAGAUUCGCUGGCUCAGAAAUCUAACAUGUAACGGAACUGAAUCGCACCUAGGCCAGUGUGGCAAACUUGACUGGGGACAUAUUGGCAAAUGUUCGCAACAGAAGUUUGCUGCAGCUUUCUGCUAUGUUGAUAAAGAUAGUGCUGGUCAUGAUAUAGAAUUGGUCGGAGGUAAAACGCCAUCCGAGGGACUGGUCAAGAUCAAGAUAAAUGGUACCUGGGGUACCAUGUGCGCUUGGUCAGUGGGAAAUUCAGAAGCCACAGUGUUGUGUCGUCAGCAAGGAUACACCUACGGCGUAUACCUAAAUUCCAGUCCGUCGCCUGAUGAAGGUCCGGUUUGGAUAAGUGCCCUGUCAUGCUUGGGUAACGAGUCGUCCAUUUAUGAGUGCAUGGUGGAUUCUUUAGGAGAAGAUCCGGGACGAACCUGCUCCUCACACAAACAUGACGUCAGUAUCAAGUGUUACAGCAACGUGAGACUAUCCGGUGCGGCUAAACUGUCUAACUACGGCCAGCUACAGUUCUAUAAUGGGACGGGAUGGUACUCCGUCUGUGACAAUGGUUUCGGUGACCUUGAUGCCCGAAUUGCUUGUCAGUCAAUGGGGUAUCAAGACGGACGUGCGCAGUGCUGCUCCGCAUUGGGUGACAAGUUCUUGUCUUCAUUGCCUAUUGGAAUUAGUGACGUUAAUUGUAUACUGGAAAACCGGAAGUUCAGCGACUGUCAAUAUAACUAUGGAACGUGUGAGAGUGGACAUUAUGUAACACUAGUCUGUCUGGAUAACGGUACCGUAAGCUAUGACAUGGAGGUGCGCGUGCCAGACUCGUUAUUUUAUGGUCACGUAGAAGUACAGAGGUUUGGGAUAUGGGGGUCAGUAUGUGUUACAGACUGGGACGACCGAGAUGCCACGGUGCUUUGUAGGGAACUUGGUUACAAGAACGGUAACGCCACUAGAGGCGUUGUCAGUGAGGACAUUCCUACAGUACUCGGAAGUGUUCACUGUAAGGGUACCGAGAAGCGGCUCCGGGAUUGCCGAAUGACCUCCUUCACGGAUGGUCAUCUCUGUACUGGACGCAUAACACGCGCAGCGGUCGUCUGCUCCAAAGAUAACACUGGAGUCCAAUUCCGUAUCGGUGACGAGGUGGACGGGAGUGGUAGGGCGGAGCUGUUUAUCAACGGUCAGUGGGGUUCGAUCUGUGAUAGACUGUGGGACGACCGGGACGCCGACGUGUUCUGUCGACAGCUUCCAGACUACGUUGGGGGUAUGGAGGUUCGCCCUAGACUGGAAGCGGCACGCGAUGUGAGUAUCUGGAUGACGCAUGUUGAAUGUCAUGGUAACGAAACCAACUUCCUCAACUGCAAAGCAUCUUGGGGUCUGUCCCACACCAGAUACUGUUCCCAUGGCACUGACGCUGGAGUUGCGUGUUUCAAGUCAGUGAGACUGAAUCGUGGCAACUACAAGAAUAACGGUAUUUUGGAAGUGUAUCUCCAAGGAUCUUGGGGUACUGUGUGCGCGAGUGGGUUCCACCAAACAGAAGCAGAUGUGGCUUGUCGAAGUCUCCAUGGCUACCAGCAUGGUCUACCAAUGUGUUGCACGCCUUACGGGUACAGCUUCAGAAACGUCAUCGUCGGUCGGUUUGAGUGUGGGGGACAGGAGAAACACCUGACUGAGUGUAAUAAAACAGAGGUGUACCGGGAGACCGGAUGUCAUUCGCAAGACUACACAUCUGUAGUAUGUUACAACGGCACAAGGACUGAAGAUUAUUCCUUACAGCUGGUUGGCCGCUCUUCAUACACGGGUCAGGUGAACCUUACUUACCUGGGAGUCGAGGGUCGGAUCUGUGUAGACGAAUGGGACGACGCCGACGCAAAGGUCGUGUGUCAUGAGCUGGGUUACCCCAAUGGAAUGGCCUAUCACCACUAUAAGUCUGACUUGGUCUUCUUUGAGUACAGUGGUCCCUACUGGACAUCCAAGGUCAAAUGUCUUGGAAACGAAUCCCGCCUGUCAGAAUGUCCUCAUGUGGGCUUCGGAAAGGUCAAGUCCUGCAUGAACAACUCGUACGCAGGGGUCCUCUGCUAUAACAACGAUGGUAUAUAUUACAAGCUGAUGGGCGGCGACAACAGGUACGGUUAUAUCAACGUAUCCGUUCGGGGCCAGUGGGGGACAAUAUGUGGCCGAUACUGGGACCGACGUGAGGCUGAUGUCUUUUGUCGACAGCUUGGGUAUAGCACGGGCGAUCCGCGUUACGGUCCCUACAGCACCAUGGCAACCGGAACAGUGUGGGAGGCAAACUUCCGGUGUCGAGGAAAGGAGGAUAGCCUAAACAAAUGUUCACACGAGGGUUGGAUGGCUAGUCAGUCACAGUCCUGUCUAAGUCACAAAGACGAUGCGGGCGUCUUCUGUUAUACUAAUGUGAAAUUAUCUAAUGGAUUUGGAAAGUUGGCUCAUACAGGAGCCGUCAUGCUUUACCAGAACAACACUUGGCUCCGCGUGUGUGACACGGGUUUCAACGACCAGUCCGCACGUCUCGUCUGUCAGGAGCUUGGAUACACGGACGGACGAGCGAUGUGCUGCUCCGCAUACGGUCGGACAACAGAACAGGUCCAGACCAACUACACUUUACGCUGUUCGGGACAAGAGAGAUCCGUACCCGAAUGUCUGAGAGAGGAGAAAUGUGAAAGCAAACAGUACGCAUCAGUUGUCUGCUUUCACAAGGAAGAAGCAGGAACUAUAGACGAAGGAAGUUACAAGUUCAAGUUGGAGGACAAGAGUAAGGGACAGGUAUUGGUGGAUCACUUGGGUGUUCAAGGUCGCAUAUGUGGCUUAGACUGGGACGACAAUGACGCUAAGGUUAUAUGUCGUCGCCAAGGCUACCAGUCUGGCAUUGCAUACCUCCACGAUGAGAAUUCGGUGAUAGAGGCCAUGAGGGGUCCAUACUGGCUUAGUAGCUUCAACUGUACCGGAAACGAAGCUUCAUUGCUUAGUUGUCCCCAUAACACGCAGUUGAGUCUCGGCAACUGUACCUCGUCGCAUAUAGCAUCUGUUCUGUGCUACAACCAAACUGGUCUAACCUACCGCCUAAGUGGGGGCGGGAAGAACUACGGGCGCGUGGAGAUCGCCAUUGAUAACACAUGGGGAACAGUGUGUGACGCCUAUUGGGAUAAUCGUGAGGCUAAUGUUUUGUGUAGACAGCUCAACUUCACGGAGGGAGUGGCCAUUGCCGGGGCAGCAUAUGGAAUGGGCAAAGGCGCUAUUUGGUUGAGCCAUCUGCAGUGUAAUGGACGAGAGGAUAAACUUCACAACUGUCCUCAUAGGGGCUUCAAUGACCAAUUCACAGAGGCUAGCUGGUUACUUCCGGUCAUUUGUGACUCUCACAGGGACGACGCUUCCGUGUUCUGUUACCAGAAUGUGCGUCUGAAUGAAGGCUACAACUCCCCGAUGGGUGGUAUUGAAAUCUACCAAGACGGAGAGUGGUACGGAGUUUGUGACGAGGGAUUCACCAACUUAGAGGCGAAAGUCGCCUGCCUCAGUUUGGGUUUAAAUUAUGUGGAUGGACGUGCAAUAAACGGGUCGGCAUUCGGUAAUCUGACAGGACGCAUUGGAUUCACCAACAUGACAUGUCAACCAGGUGCAACAGACAUCACAAAGUGUUUUAGCAAAUUCAACGGAACGUGCAAAAAUAACAUGUACGCUUCCGUUUACUGCAGUAACACCACUGUCAUUGACACAGGUUUUAAAGUUCGGAUCGCUCCGGAUAGUCUAGCCAGCCAGGUGCACGGUAUACUGGAGGUUCGACAAAAUGGAAUUUGGGGACGUGUAUGCAUGCACGAAUGGGACGACCGAGACGCCAAUGUGGCAUGCAAACAUCAGGGCUACGCUGGAGGCCUAGCAUACCUACACAUCAUGAAGAACCGCCGUCCCAUCAUGCUCCGCAGUGUUCGAUGUAAUGGUACCGAGAACAAACUGACAGACUGUCCUCACAACCCUCAUCCAGACCUAGAUAACUGCAACUUUAACUCCAACGACGCAGGAAUACUGUGCUACAAGAAGUCGGGUAUGAAGUACCGGUUAAAUACUCGUCGGCAGCAGCCGUCAUCGGAGGGGCGCGUUGAGAUAUUCUACGAUGGCGUAUGGGGCACAGUGUGUUCCUGGUCUUGGCAGUCGGCUGAUGCUAAGGUACUCUGUCGCCAGCUUGGCUACAAGGACGGGAUCGUUAGUUACAAUGUGGAAAAGUCACUACCCCAGAUCAACCGUUGGGUGACCGGAUUCUUCUGUCAGGGCAAUGAGAAGACCAUGAUGACAUGUCUAAACACUGGUUUUAACUCUUCUUUCUUAGAUGAUCUCUGUAUGUUUAACGAGCCUGGAGCGUACUCGGCUUGUUACAACGAGACGGUGGAACCGACAACCAUCCAUCUGAUCGGUGGCAAAGAUAGGCUUUCUGGCCGAGUGGAGGUUUAUAUAAAAGGACCAAAUCAAUGGGGCACUAUUUGUGAUGAUUUCUGGGACGAUUUAGCGGCAAACGUUGUAUGCAGACAACUCAAAUUCGCAGGAGGAAAAGCAGUAAAAGACGCUGCGUUUGGGAGGGGAACAGGACCAAUCUGGUUCGACAAUGUGCGUUGCCUUGGUAACGAGAGCUCCAUCUUUGAGUGCAGCCAUCGAGGAAUUGGAACACACAACUGUAAUCAUACGGAAGACGUGGGUGUCAUGUGCUGGGACCACCAACUGACAACAGUCAGCCCACCUGUAACGGUAACAGCGAUAACAACAACGAAAAUCUUACCAAACAUAACCAGGACACCAACAACUACAACAACUAAAACAACAACGACCACCACGACCACUACCACGGCUAGGACAACUCCCAAGACCACAUACAGACCACCUUCCACUACCACAACGACACUCCCAACAACCAGCACAACAACCACUACCGCAACAACCAGCAGCAGCAGCACCACCACCACCACCACACCUAAACCUAUCACUAAAACAUCUACCACUACCACCACCACUACGACGACCACCACACUACCACCCGUAACCACUACCGUGAGAACCACAAGUAAGCCUACUGUCAUAACUACGGUAAAUAAUACCAUUGAUCAGAACCUGACGCAGGGACAGCAGAAGUCCGAACAGUCGGAGGUAUCCGGUGGUGCCAUCGCUGCUUUUAUUGUAGUAAUUGUCGUUAUUCUCACAAUUACUAUAAUAGCUGUUGUGUGUUUUGUUAAAAUAAGAAAAUUACGGAAAGCAAAAGUACCUCACGAACGUUUUCACGACGAUAUCAUCGAGCACUCUCAAGAUGGCAGUUUAGCUAUGAGUAAUCAGAUGUAUGAUGUGACUGUACAACCGUCUGCUAAUGGUUUCCACGCAGACGCACAGAAGGACAAUGACGUCACGUUGUCAAGUAAUGGCGACGCUGUCUACACAAAAACUAGUGCUGGGCAGCGCGACUCGUCUCACGCAUUUGCCAAUCCUCUCUAUGAUCAAAUGAAAACCGAAAAUAUUUCUGGCAAUAAGUUAGAAGCUUUACCUGAACAUAAAGAAUUAGAACUUGAUAUAGUGGACUCUCAUGCCUGAUGGUCAAUAUACUUAACUGACAUAUUGUUGAUUUUAUGUUUGUUUACAGAACUGUGAUUAACAUGUGUUUGGUGGUAUACGGAUUUGAGUGUUAUUCUUGGAUAUUACUUCUGUCAGUUACGUGCUAAUGUGAUGCCAUUAUUUGUGUAAAGUCUUUCCUACCCGAAAUGUUUCAUUGUAUAGCUUACUUCCGUAAGCUGUGUUCACCAUCGCUAUGACAAACGGAAAUGUUGAAGCGAAGCUUACCUGAAAUGAGCAACUAUCUACGGCAGAAAGUCUCUGUAUAUAUUUAUUUUAUAAUAAUUAAUUAUCAUUCAGUCUCAAAUACGAAAGUAAUGAUGUGAUUUUUUUAAUGUUGUUAGAUGUUUUGAUUUUAAAUCAUACAUGUUGGUAGAGUCAUUAUAAUCAUCUUCGUGGAUGAUGUAUGUAUGUUUUAUCGUUUAAAGCAUGCGACGAGGAAGUUGGAUUUGUGAAAGAUGUGCUAUUGACAUAAACAAAAAGUGUUUGUUUCUGUACUGUUUAUUAUCAUGAUUUAUUGUUUAGAGGACAUUAAACCAGGUUCUUUACAUUAAGUGUUUUGACAUAUCAACGCCAUGAUGACAUGUUAACAUUCAUUUACCAUUUCAUAUCUGUGCUGGAAAAGCCUCUUCUUGAAUUUUAAGAAUUUGAAUUUAAACAUCUAUGAAAAACUGGAAAUCAAAAAUUGAAAUGAAUUUUGAACCAACUAAAUGGUUUGCAGAUAUGAUUUAUUGGUAUGGAAAUAUGCAGACGUAGUGGAAUGUAUAAAAAAAACUAUCACUAUGUUAAUAUGAUAUAUUCCAGACGAAAGUAUUUUUCUUGGAGAAACAUAAAUAUGAUUUUCAUUAGGAAACAUACACUCUACAUCAUUAAAUUGAUAUAUAUAUCUAUAUAUAUAUAUAUAAAUUUACAUUAUUAGGACCGUGCCUUUUGUUCGUAAAGUAUCAUUCCGUGUAUAGAAAUCGAAUUUGAUUUAUGUUCAUGCCAUCGAUAUUAACGAUAUACGAUUGUUAUGUUUGUUUAGAACAAUAUGGUGUUAUUGAUAGGUUACUCAGUCGGAAGGUUUUCAGUUACAAGUAUGGCAAUACUUAUAAAAUGGAGAACUAAUUUCUACCUAGCAAUCUGUUUAGUAACGUUCAAGUAAUUUUAAUGUGUUGAAGUAUGUAUGGAGUUUGAUUUUGACUAAUGGAUGUUCAAUACCUACGACAAUGGUAAUUGGUAUUAAAGCGAAAGUCUAAUGAAAAGGGUGUCAAUUUUGGCCAUUCUGCGGGACCUCGGUGUUGAGCAUAUAUUUGCAGGAAGAUAUACUAUAUGUACCAUAUGGUCAUCUGCAUACAGUAUGUUGUUCAAAUCACCAAACUUGGUUAGCGUCCAUAAAACAUUUGUGGGUUAAUAUCACGGGUGCAAAGUUAUAGUUUGAUUUAAAAGUUCGCAAAAACAAGAUAAUUUUAACAAUACGAUUUCCAAUUUACACUUCCACUUUGACUCUCAAACUUUCUAUGAGCCUAAGCAAAACCAUUUGUAAUUGCAUAUUGUACGCAGCUGCAAACUUUUGCUUAUCAUUGAGGACUAACAACUGUCACCCUCGUUUAUGUGUUGAUGGUAAGAAUAGAAUGUCGUAACGAACUCGAUGCCAGUGAGUAAAUCCAGUGGUUCUCCUCGAGUUGUAUAUCAAUAUAUAUAUAUAAAGCAAUGUUGUCUUUCUUUUCUUUGAAUAUAUUCAUAAUUUAUUUUAGCAAUAUCACAAUACUUUGUUUUGAAAUAUCUAAGUAGGUCAUUGUUUUUUGAUAGUAGAAUGUCAUAUUUAAGUAUCUUUAUGUGUAUGUAUACUAACUGGAUAAGAUUAUAAGUUUUCUGUUAUAUUUGAUAUAAUUUAAACAUUUUUCGGUAUUUCAAGUAAUGUGUCAAAAUUUGAAUUUAAUGGCGUGUGUUCAAUAUGAGUGUGUAAACAGCUAGUGACUACAUUCUACACCAAUGUGUUAUUUCUCUUUAUUUGUAAUAUCUGUGUACUAGUAAUUCCGUACAGAGUGACAUACAUGUCACGUCAUUAAAACACUUUAUAGUCGGUGUGCCGUUUAGUAGUCUGCCACGGGUAAGCAUUUUAUUUUUUUAUUAUUACGUCACUUCCGUAUUUCAAAUGAAACUAUCCAUCAUGCAUUUCACAUUAAUAAAUUGCAUGAUAUGCUUCAUCAGAUGAUGUUGAAACCGUGUGAGUUACAGGGUUGAUAAGGAAACAACUCUUUGGCUGUGAUAUUUGAUGUCAAAUAACAUUUUAUUUACAAAUGACUGUAAUGUCUGGACCAAUAUCUUCAUUUUUGAAAUAACAACUAUAUUGGUUAUUGUGUGAAUUUAUUAAGUGUGUUCAUUAAUGCAGAAUCAUUACAAACAAACAUUAUCUAAAAUUAGAUUUAAAUUGAAUUCCAUUUUAUAAAAAUACAUGAAUACAAUAUGCAUAACAUUUGUCAUAUUGUUUUCUAUAUAAUUAUCAUAAAUGUUUAAAAUUUAUAUCUACUUCCUAUGAUUUCUUUCUUGAAUGCCCAACAUUUAAUUGAUUCAUGCUACUACGAAAAAUACAGUGAAGUCAAAAGAUUUUAACACCCAGGAGCACCAGGUUUGAUGGUUUAAAUAAAGUAUUAAUUUCGUAUUAAUAUGUACAAUGCAGAGUAAAAGAAGAGGAAAUUCCGAAUGCAAUUUUAUAGUGUAACAUAAUUAUGAAGACAUAACGUUGCCUGCAGUUGUCUUCAAUGCAAUUUAACAUGUAAAUAUAUUUAUGGAGGCAUUUUAAACUUCCCUAGUUAUACCUUUUAAUGUACAGGGCUCUACAUUUACCUACACCUAACCUGACAUGUAACAUGCUUGUGAUAUUAACUUAUGAUUACCACUGAUGAUGAGACUAAUAAACUAUUUUAGAUACUGACA